AUGAUUAGCAAACCAUUUCGACCUCCGUCAUUUGUUCGGCCGAAUCCACCUAGCGACGAGCCGCCUGCCAAAAAGCGGCGGAUCUCAUUCGAGCCCACGCGUCGGGCGACCGCAAACCCCCUCAUUACGCUUCAAAACCCCGCUCCCGCGCGUGCGCCGCAACCGCACUCUGACGACCCGAAUGAACGGUACUAUACGGUCUUGUGGCGCAAAUACACGAACAAGAAACACAAGAAUUGGGACGGCGAUGGCUUGCUUGCUGUUAAGGGAGGCUACGGUACCUUAACCGAUAGUGACACAGGGAAAGAGCUAGGAAAAGGAGCAUGCACUCGGCCCCUUUUAGCUGGCUCUGCGCUCUCGCUUUGCGGUAAGGAGGUUGAGAUCGAUGGUGUCAUUAAGAAGGAGGACUACAUGUCGGGCCGUGUGUUCCUCGGAACAGCUGGAAAUACACCUACGGAACAGAUGAAGAGCGCAGAACCCAGCUACAAGCCAUUGGUGGCCGUGAAAGGACCGUCCAUUGGCCGCAACAAGCCCACUAGAGUCCCUAGCGAGAGUGAUGACAGCCCGCUCAAAGACCGAAAACCUGCAGCUCCAGGCAAGACCUUCAAGACACCACUGCUCUCGAGUACGGUUCUUCCUAAGACCAACUUCUCAGUACCACAGCCGCGACAUGACCCCACUCAACCCAAGGCUCUCAUUAUGAAGCGACCAGCUUCUGCUCCAAAAGGCAAACAUAUAGUGGACGUGGUUGUCGACCCUGUCCUAAGCAAGCAUCUUCGCGAUCACCAACGAGAAGGCGUACAGUUCUUAUACGAAUGCGUCAUGGGCAUGCGAUGCGAGGGCGAGGGAGCCAUCAUGGCAGAUGAGAUGGGACUGGGCAAGACUCUGCAGACGAUAACUUUGCUAUGGACGCUUAUGAAGCAAAACCCUAUCUACGAGAACCCGCCUGUUGUGAAGAAGGCUCUGGUCGUAUGUCCUGCCGGUUUAGUCGAUAAUUGGCGUCGCGAGUUCCGAAAGUGGCUGGGUAAUGAGCGCAUCGGAGUGUUCGUUGCUGAUUCCAAAAACAAGAAGAUCACGAACUUCACGAUGGGAAAGGCUUACAACGUCAUGAUCAUCGGCUAUGAGAUGCUUCGGACUGUCCAAGAAGAGAUGCAGAAAGGCACCAUUGAUAUCGUCAUCGCAGACGAAGGCCACCGGUUGAAGACUGCCAAUAACAAGGCCAUGCAAGCUAUCCAGUCGUUGAACACCGAGAGGCGUGUCAUUCUUUCGGGUACUCCACUACAAAAUGACCUGGGUGAGUUCUUCACAGCCAUUGACUUCGUCAACCCAGGCCUUCUUGGACAACGCUCAGCGUUUAAGCGUACCUUCGAAGGCCCCAUUGUACGCAGUCGACAACCUGACGCAAGCGAAUCCGAGCUUGAGAAGGGAGAAGCUCGAUGGAAAGAGCUUGUGUCUCUGACCAGUCGCUUCAUGAUCCGAAGAACUGCAGAAGUUCUAACAAAGUACCUGCCACCGAAGACCGAACACAUCGUAUUUUGCAAGCCUACAGCUGCACAAGCUGCUGCAUAUCGAGCUAUCCUGACGUCUCCUAUCUUCGCGGUUGCUUUAGGUAAUACGGACAUGGCUCUGCAGCUCAUCAAUGUGUUGAAGAAGAUUUGCAACAGUCCUGCCCUACUGAAGUCGAAGAAGGAUGCCGGCGACACUCCUUCUGAGAUGCUUCAGUCAUUGUUACCUUUGAUACCACCCAACGUUUUAAACUCAAAUGCUUCGAGCGCGAAGCUGCGCGUGCUGGACAGCCUAGUCCAUCGCAUCUACACUACAACACAAGAAAAGAUUGUCAUCGUUUCGAACUAUACGCAGACACUUGAUAUGAUCGAGCGCCUCUUAGUCUCUCUGUCGUACACCUACUGUCGUCUCGAUGGCAGUACGCCCGCAAAGAAUCGCCAGCCGCUCGUCGAAAAGUUCAACAGGUCCUCACAGAAGAAUCAUUUUGCCUUCCUCCUAUCUGCCAAGUCUGGUGGUGUUGGACUCAAUCUGAUAGGCGCGUCGCGUAUCGUGCUGUUUGACAUUGACUGGAACCCCGCCACGGAUUUGCAAGCUAUGGCGCGUAUCCACCGCGACGGACAGAAGCUGCCUUGCAAGAUCUACAGGUUCAUGAUUCAAGGCGGGCUCGAUGAGAAGAUCUACCAAAGGCAAAUCAUGAAGAUGGGUCUCGCCAACGCGGUGGUGGACAAUAAAGCAAGUGCUUCGUCUUUCUCACGUGAGGAACUAAAGGAUCUGUUUCGGCUCGAUGAAAGGGAGACUUGUCAGACGCAUGACCUCUUGGGUUGCGAGUGUGACUGCAAAGGUUCGCCGGAAACCAAGAUCGAACCUCCAAUUGAGGUCAAGGACGAGGAAGAGGAAGAUGACAGUUCUCUUCGUGGUUUCGGAUCGGCUAGCCAGGUGGACAUGAACGACCAGGAAGAGCGGAUCAAGAGCCGACGCAAAGCCAAGCAGCCAAAAUUGAAAAUGUUGAUGGAGUAUCGACACAUCGACACAAAGCACCUGCAUGAAGAGAACGCCAAGGACGUUGAUCCGCUGAAUGGAGAAGAAGCUAGAGAGAGUUCCGUAGAUGCUGAUGCGAUGGCGUUGGCUGUGGAUGAUGAUGUGUUCCUAAAUCUGCUCAAGGAGAAAGAUUCGAGGGUUGGUUUCGUGCUCACCAAGUCUACGUCCUGA